AUGACCAAUUUCGUCUCUACACUUAGACGUGGCUGCAAAGUAUUUUCAACCUCCUUGACUUCGACAUUUUUCACCUUCAAAAAAUGGUUCCGUCGUGAAGUCAGGCCAACACUCGACGGCAUCAUUUCUGCAAUCAAUCGUUUAUACCGUACUCAUGUGCGUCCAUUAGCAUCACGCUUUGUUCAAUUCAUCUGCGAGCACCGAGUUCCAAUAGCCCUUGGACUUCUGAGCAUUCUCGUGAUUAUCUGGCCUGGCAUUUUUACCGCACCAUUACUUGCUCUCUUAGGCUUUGUGACCUUGGGUCCUGUUGCCGGAUCUAUAGCCUCACUUACCCAGGCGAUCCUCGGAAACGUCACUGCUGGUGGUAUAUUUGCGUUAUUUCAAAGUGCCGGUAUGGCAGGUUUCGGGCUUGUGAUAAUUAAUGGUAUUGUUGUUGGGAUUGCUGCUUUGGUCUUGGCUAUGGUUAUCAUUUACUUGAUUGCGGAGUGGCUAGUCUAG